AAUUAUUAAACCAAAAGAGCAGUUGCAUAUGUCACCUAACUUCAACAACUGUACACAAUCAAUUCCCAACAAAUCACCCCUUUCUCUUCUUAACCCUCCCUUCUCUUCCCAAUCUCAUCCUUAUAAACAAAUUUUUAUUAACCAAUCGCCGGCCACCGUCAAGAUGUGAACCGCCUCCGUGUCUUCUAGUUCGUCUACUCCUACCUGGUUUUGCUGAAGUUUUCAGCUGUUUCCUUUUUGUCCAAAACCAAUCUAGAACAUAUCGGAUUUGCCGGAAGUUGGUUCCCCCCUUUACGCCUUCUAAUUUGUACAAUUCCUUCCCUAUAUUCCGCCUUCCAUAAAAACAUUAAACAACUCGAAUUUCACUUUUCACAUCUCACCAGCUACUUCGGCUUUUAUGUUUUUGCUGUCUGAAGAACAGAGAGCUUUCAGGAAAAUGGCUGCUUCAGGAUCUUCUGCUUCUGCUACUGCUUCUUCUGCCGCCGAAGAAGCUGAAAACCAUCAUAAUGAAGAAGAGACGACCCUCAAUCAGAAGGUUUCUGAGCCGUUGAUUCCUGGUUUGCCUGAUGAAAUCUCUGAGCUUUGUCUUCUUUAUCUUCCUUAUCCAUACCAAGCAUUGGUGCGCUCUGUUUCUUCUUCGUGGAACAGAGCUAUUACUGACCCCAGCUUUCUUGUCUCCAAGAAAUCUCUAUCCCUCUCUCUGCCUUAUCUUUUCGUUUUUGCGUUUCGUAAAUCAACGUCCAGAAUUCAAUGGCAAGCUCUGGACCCUCGAUCCGGCCGUUGGUUUGUUUUGCCUCCCAUGCCUUGUCCCAAGGCCGUGCGUCCACCGGGGUUUGCAUGCGCCUCCAUGCCACGUCAAGGGAAGCUCUUUGUUUUUGGUGGUAUGAGGUCGGACACAGACACUUCCAUGGACACGACGUUCGUUUACCGUUCAUCAGCGAAUCAAUGGUCCAUAGCAUCUCCCAUGCUUACCCCACGAUCAUAUUUCGCUGUCGGGAGUGCCAAUGGUAAGAUGAUUGCAGUUGGAGGAAGUGGGUCCGGCAUCGGCGAUUCCAUCACAGCCGCUGAAUGCUACGACCCUGUGAACGACACGUGGACGCCAGUGGCUAAAAUGCGCAUAGGGUUGUGUAGGUACGAUUCGGCUGUGGUGGGGAACAAGAUGUACGUGACAGAGGGGUGGACAUGGCCUUUCAUGUUUUCACCGAGAGGUGGGGUCUACGACCCGGAGAAGGACACGUGGCAGGAACUGAGAGAUGGGAUGAGAGAAGGGUGGACAGGAUUAAGUGUAGUUCUGGGUGACAGGUUGUUCGUGAUAUCGGAGCACGGGGACUGCCCGAUGAAAGUGUACCUCCCUGAUAUAGACACGUGGCAGUACGUGGGAGGGGACAGGUUUCCCAGAGAGGCAAUGAGGAGGCCAUUUGCUGUGAGUGGAGCAGAAGGGAAAGUGUACGUGGUGUCACAUGGGCUAAAUGUGGCAAUAGGGAGAAUAUAUGAGGCCAAAAAAGAAGAAUAUUGUGUAGAAUGGGAAGUUGUGGCUGCCCCUCAGGCCUUUACUGACUUUUCUCCUUCAAAUUGUCAGGUGCUUUUUGCCUAGGUUUUAUUCUUGUAGGACUUAUUAAAUCACUAUACCUGCUUAUAAUUUUUUACUUUUUUAAAAAAAUUAUAUCAGAAUAUUAAUUAAUCAAUUAAUAAUAUGUUUAUAAUGAAAAUUAAAAAUGGGUUUUUUUAUUUUUCUUUAUUUGGAGACUUGGAAGAGCCUAUAAUAUUAAUGUAUAAUUAGGUAUAGAGUUGUUUUGUUAGGCAAUAUAAUAGAGGCAAUUAUGCAUCAGUUUUUUGUGUUAAAACUACAGCUGGAGAGUAGUGGUGUGAGUCUGAGCGAGAAGUGAGAAAUACUCUGGUGUUUGAUGGUAUUUUAAUAUAAAUGGGGUUUGUUUUAUGCAAUUGGAAUAUGGGAAUUAUUUCAGAAAAGACGUGUAUUAUACAAUUUUUGCAUCCUACGAAGAAAUCAUAAUAUCCUGUCUUCCACUCUUGAUGUCGAGACACAACACUCAACAGUUGAUUUUAUUAUUAUUAGUAUGAUUUUGAGGUACAUUAUUUUUCAAUUUGGAGGAGGAUAAUAGCUGCCUAUGAAUAAUGGGGUAAUUCUUACCCCUGAUCCUAAGUGAAAAGACCAGGGUUGAUAGUGUCAAAGAAUUCUCACUGCCCCGUUUCACAUUGUGGCUUGAUAAGCCAAGUUACUUUUCUUAUUUAAAAAAUAGUGAAAAUAAAGUUAUUUUGUUAUUUUAA